GAGAGAGUCAGAGAUCGGUACGUGUCCGUUGCUGUCUCAGAAGAUGGCAGGAAGACCCACGGGUUUACUUGUUCUUCACGUUGUUUGCAUCCUUUGUGGCCUGACGCUUUGUUCGCCCACAGCCAAAAUACCAGACCAUGAUGUGGACGGCGGACAGGACCUUGACAUUUUUGACAUAAAUGACGAAGCUGGACUGGGUCUUUUUGAGGGAGACAUUGUCCUCGAUGAGAGGCAGACUCGGAAUUCCAUAAUAGGGGACGAGUACAGGUGGCCAAAGACGAUCCCAUACUACAUGGAAGAUGACUUGGAGAUCAAUGCAAAAGGUGUGAUUCUGAAGGCCUUUGAGCAGUACCGGCUAAAGAGCUGCAUUGACUUCAAGCCUUGGAGCGGCGAGGCCAACUACAUUUCGAUCUUCAAAGGAGGGGGUUGUUUCUCCUCUGUGGGAAACAGGAAAGUUGGGAAGCAAAGAUUAUCUAUAGGAAACAACUGUGACCGCAUUGCCACCAUUGAACAUGAGUUCCUUCACGCGUUGGGUUUCUGGCAUGAGCAGUCGAGGGCGGACCGCGACGACUAUGUCAGAAUCAUGUGGGAUCGAAUCUCAGAGGGUAAAGGACACAACUUCAAUACCUAUAAUGACACCACCUCCAGCUCACUGGGCGUCCCGUACGACUACGGCUCCAUGAUGCACUACAGUAAAAAUGCCUUUCGCAACGGCAGCGAGCCCACCAUCAUCACCAAGAUCUCUGCUUUCAGCGAUGUCAUCGGCCAGCGUAUGGAGUUCAGUGACAGCGACCUGCUUAAGCUGAGCCGCCUCUACAACUGCACUCAGGGUUCCACCUUCCUGGACUCAUGUGACUUUGAACGUGAGAACAUCUGUGGUAUGAUCCAGGGACAGGGAGACAAGGCAGAAUGGGUCAGGCUGGACAAAGCUGCUGGAGGGCCUGACAAGGACCACUCUAACAUGGGCAAAUGCACUGGCUCUGGAUAUUUCAUGCACUUCAACACUGGCACAGCCAAAACUGGGGACACGGCACUGCUUGAAAGCAGACUCCUUUACCCCAAGAGAGGUUACCAGUGUCUGCAGUUCUUCUACUACAACAGCGCCGGCCCCAGCGACAAACUGAAGAUCUACAUCCGAGAGUAUGACAAAGCACACCCCAACGGAACUCUACGCUUUAUCAAGACCAUAGAAGGAUCCCCUCAGGAGCUGUGGCAGCUGCACCACGUCAGUCUGGAUGUGAAAACAAAGUUUCGUGUUGUCUUUGAAGGGUGCAAGGAAGGCACCGGGCCGCCAGCAGGUGGACUAUCGCUGGAUGACAUCAACCUUUCUGAGACGACCUGCCCGGAGUUUAUAUGGCGCGUGAAGAACUUCGGUCACGUUAUAGACAAUACUCCAGUAAACACUUCUAUCUUCAGCCCGCCGUUUACCUCAAAGGAAGGUUACACUUUCCAAAUGAAGCUGUACCCCAGUGGAAAGGCAGGAUACCCUGGUGAGCUGUCGGCCUACGCUCAUCUAGUGGCCCGUGAAGGCGAUACCGGGCAGAAAUGGCCCUGCCCCUGGAAACAGAUAACCAUGAUGCUAAUGGAUCAGCACCCACACAUCCAAAAGCGCAUGUCUAACCAGCGCAGUGUGACCACUGACCCCAACAUGAAAGUAUCAGGCUCUGACACAUUUUUCUGGGAUGACCCACGUAAGGUGGGGCAUGAAGUCACAGAAGCAGAUGGAUCCAAGUACUUCCGAGGACCAAGCUCCGGAACCCCGGUGUAUCUCACGCACCUCAGAGCCAAGAGCAGGGAUUUCAUCAAGGGAGGGGACGCCAUAUUUCUCCUGUCAAUGGAGGAUGUGUCACAUCUGACUCAGACCCAGACCCAGCCCACUACACCUCCUGCCAACACCACCGCCCCCAUCACCACCAUCACCACCCCCACUCCACCGUCCACUGGCACGGUCGCACCCCCAGAUGUCUGUCUCACUGUUCAGUGUCAGAAUGACGGCAUCUGUGUGGUGGAUAAAGGGAAAGCUGUCUGCAGAUGUGCAGUGGGUGAUGACUGGUGGUACUACGGAGAUGGCUGUCAGUAUAAGGGCUCCCUCAUGGAUAAGACCACGCUCGCACUGGCCACUUCUCUGUCUGUGCUGGGAGUCAUGAUGGUGGUCACGAUAGUCAGUGUCCUCUGUGUGAAGAAGAAGUACAAGAAACGCAGCGACGACGGCUUUAACAUGUCAAACAUCCACGCCACAUAGACACUGUACCCGAAUAAACCUGCAAACAGAAGCAAAACAAUCCACGACUUGCAAUGAAAUGCUCAUGAUACAUUGCUUUGGCUUCAGAUUUCACUCCAGUUCAACUUGUCACAUUAUGUGAGAUUGCCCCCUUCUGGUCAUUCAAAGCAACACCACUGCAGAGGGAAUGAGAAUGUUAUUGUUCUGAAUAAAACUGCUUUUAAAAAC